AUGUCUAUGCUGCAAAUAAUGCAUUGCAUCCCAGCUCAACAUGUUGAUGUGCCUGAGAUUGAUGGAAAUCCUACUACCAUCAUUGAAGACACACCAAGCAUUAUGAUACCUGGCACAACUGGAUUUCCUGUUGGAUUCUUACAAUAUAUAUUGAAUGUCAUAACAGAUUU